CUUAUUAAUUGUGUCAAUGUCUUUAGAUCUGGUGGAAAAACAGCGUAUCCUGAAACUCUUCCUUUUUGUCACUAUUUUGUUUUAUUCCUAUUAUUUGCCAGCACAAACGUAGACCGUUCUAGCAACGUCGCGUUAUGGCACAAUGACGGAUAGUUCGCGUUCGGAGAACGAGCAAAACGAUAUUGAUGGCUAAAAAUUCGAGCCAUUUGACUUUUUUAAGCAAAAGCCCCUAGAGUUUUACGCCAGCGGGAUAAUAAUUCUACCAAAACGUUGGAAUGAAGUUAUACAUAGCCAGUAUGGUAUUGAUUGAAUAAAUGUGUCAAAUAGGUUCAAAAUCAGCACAACUUUUUCAACACCCAAUGCACUUAAUUCAAGGUAAUAUUAGUUAUUACAUGGUACCGAUCUCUUGAAUUUGGUUUAAAAUAUACUGCUUCUGGAAACAGUUUGAAGAAGUUUCAUAGACAUGGACUAAAAUAGCAUGAUAUCAAAUAAUGAAAAUUUCUUGAAACAAGAUCUAGCCUCUUCAGCCAAGUGUCCUUUUUAUUUGCUUGUUUCACGAAACAGUUGUCUGUUUCCAGGUAUUGUGUAGUACCAACUCCACAGUUACUGGAUGACCCGAGACAGCGGCGGAUCUUUUUCUCAAAUCCCACUGUUGGUUGCCCGUACGAAAACUCCAGAUCCGCCACUGAGUAUGGAGACUUGGCCCACUAUUGGUUUUCAAACUAUUACCUAUAGUGUGCUUCGAUAGUCGACAUAAUUGGAAGAAAGAAACUAGUGGUACUAUCUUCAAUACCAGCCAUAGCGAAUUGGUUGGUUCUGGGCUUAGCUAGCGUACCCAGCAUUUUCUUCGUAGGAAGAUUCAUGUCUGGAUUCCUUGAUGGUAUAUCCUUCACGGUGGUUCCUAUGUAUGUUGGGGAAAUCUCAGAGCCUCAAAUCAGAGGGCUACUGUCUUCAGCAAUACCUACAACUACGGUUAUCGGAUUCCUCAUCAUCAACAGUUUAGGUGCCUAUCUUCCACUAGAUACCGUAUCUUAUAUCUGUACCAUCAUACCAGUCCUCCUUUUAGUGACAUUUAGCUGGAUGCCAGAGAGUCCAUACUACUUCCUUAUCAGAGGAAACAUCGAUGCAGCAAAAAGAAGUUUACAACAACUCAGAGGCACUAAAGAUGUCAACGAUGAGUUCCAACGAAUUGCUGAAGCUGUAAGGGCAGAACAGGAGAACAAAGGAUCGUUCUUCGAUUUGUUUACUGUGAAGAGCAACAGGAAGGCGGUUACUGUUACAUUAGGUCUUUUCACCAUUCAGCAAUUCAGCGGCAGAUCCGUCAUCAUUUUCUACUGCAAGACGAUCUUCGAGCAAUCCCACACCGUCAUUUCUGCAGAAACAGCCACCAUACUCUACUUUGCAGUGAUGUUGUUUUUUUCUGUCGUCACUUCCAUCGUAGUAGACUUCUUUGGCAGAAGACCUAUGCUAAUUCUGUCCGUUAGCUGUACUGCCAUGGCGCUGCUAACUAACUCCGUUUUCCUGUAUCUAACAAACUGCACAAAUGUGGACACCUCCCAGCUCACUUUUAUGCCCAUUGUGGCUCUCAUAGGUUUUGUAGUCACAUUCAGUUUAGGUCUUCAGACCAUUCCGCAUCUCAUUAUGGGUGAGAUCUUUGCUACUAGUGUUAAAGCAUUUGCUCUUUGCCUUAUGGACAUCUACAAUAGCAUUGUUGAGACUAUAAGCUCGAAAUAUUUCCAUUGGACCAACGAUACAUGGGGUCUUCAUGUUCCUUUCUUUUCAUUCUUUACAUGCUGUAUCUUAGGUUUGUUCUUUGUUAUAUUUUAUGUGCCAGAGACCAAGGGCAAGACAUUGGAGGCUAUUCAGGAUGAUUUGAAGGAGAGGGACAGGGUUCCAGGUAGCAAGAAAAACAGUACACUUGAUAAACCAAGAUUAUCUCACGAUGGGCAUUAGCACAUUGAAUGUUUAGACUUAUUAUUAAGUGCGCUGAGAUUAAGACCGCUUUCUUCGUUCUAUCCUCCAUAGCAACUAUAAUAUAUAUAUAUAUAUAUAUAUAUAUAUGGACACUUCCCACCUUAUGGUCACAUUCAGUUUGGUUCUUUAGGCCAUUUUGCUUUUCAUCGUGGCUAAAAUCUUCGCUACUAGUGCCGAAGGUCUUUACCUUAUGGGCAUCCACAAUAGUAUUGUUGAUACUAUAACCUCGAGAUAUUUCCAUUGGACCAACGAUACAUUGGGUCCCAGUGGUACUCCAACUCGUUCAAGUAUUGUCAUCAAUUGGAAUCUUAUAAAUAUGGUAAUUUGAUUUUUUCGCCAACUACUUAAAAUAAUUACUUGAUAUUCGAAAUGUUUCUUAAUUUUAUUGUAUCUUUGCUGUAUAAUACCCAAAGACUAAAUUAAAAAGUAGUUGUAGUUUGUACAAAAAACUUCUCUCUACCAGAGGAGUAUCCGAGACUUGUUUGAAGUUGCAUUUUAUUUUUCUAAGUUUACAUUUAAGCUCGCCUGUACGAGAUUUUUGUACGUACUAUGUAUUGUGAUAAAAAUAGAAUAU